GGCUCCUCAUCACUGACGCUCCCAUCAACCUGCCCGUCUCCCUCCCUGUGACCGUGGAAAAGACCUGCUUUUAAACACCUCUACAGAAAAAAACAAAAAUGGCAAGCAGCUUCUCAAGAAUCUUAUCUUCCAAACGGAAAAUCGGGAUCCUGUCGAUGGUUGGGGGCUCCGUAACGGCUGGAUUUCUGCUCCACCGGGAACAUGUCAACGCGUCAGUGCCCGUCCGCAGGAGCUACCCCGCCAGUGCGGAGUACCCUGACCUGCGCAAACACAACAACUGCAUGGCCAGCAACCUGACACCUGCCAUCUAUGCCAAACUGUGUGAUAAGGCCACUCCCAACGGGUACACGCUGGACCAGGCCAUCCAGACAGGUGUGGAUAACCCUGGGCACCCCUUCAUCAAGACUGUUGGCAUGGUGGCAGGAGACGAGGAGUCAUACGAGGUAUUUGCAGACCUGCUGGACCCCAUCAUCAAAGAGAGGCACAACGGCUACGACCCCCGCACCAUGAAGCACCCCACCGACCUCGAUGCCAGUAAGAUCCAGUCUGGCAACUUUGAUCCGCGUUACGUGCUGUCAUCCAGAGUGAGAACAGGCCGCAGUAUCAGAGGGCUGAGCCUGCCCCCCGCCUGCACCCGGGCAGAGCGUAGGGAGGUUGAGAGGGUGGUGGUGGAUGCCCUCGCCGGCCUGAAGGACGACCUAGCCGGGAGGUACUACAGUCUUACCCACAUGACAGAUCAGGAGCAGCAACAGCUCAUCGAUGACCACUUCCUGUUUGACAAGCCUGUGUCACCCCUCCUGACCUGUGCAGGCAUGGCUCGUGACUGGCCCGAUGCCCGUGGUAUCUGGCACAACAAUGAGAAGACAUUCCUGAUUUGGAUCAAUGAGGAGGAUCACACCAGGGUCAUCUCCAUGGAGAAGGGAGGGAACAUGAAGAGAGUCUUUGAGAGGUUCUGCAGAGGCCUCAAGGAGGUGGAGCAUCUGAUCCAGGAGAGAGGCUGGGAGUUUAUGUGGAAUGAGAGGCUUGGUUACGUCCUCACCUGCCCCUCUAACCUGGGCACAGGUCUCAGGGCUGGGGUACACGUCAAACUGCCCCUGCUGAGCAAGGAUGCUCGCUUCAGUAAGAUCCUGGACAACCUGCGUCUGCAGAAGCGAGGAACUGGCGGCGUGGACACGGCUGCUGUGGGCGGUGUGUUUGACAUCUCCAACCUGGACCGCCUGGGACUGUCUGAGGUCCAGCUGGUGCAGACAGUGGUUGAUGGCGUCAACUACCUAAUCGAGUGUGAGAAGAGACUGGAAAGAGGUCAGGACAUCAAGGUGCCCCCACCUGUCAAGUAUUUUAAGUAGACACAGAUCCCUGACCCUACCCCACAAACCUUUGGGCACACACACAUGCACAAACCCACCCACCCCCCCCCCCCAUUCGCCCCAUGCCCAUAGAUAUUAUAGUAUAAUCUACUGUAUAUAUAUUAUACGCGGCUAUCUGACUAAACCAAACCAGAGUCCCACAAUACUGCAAUGGGCUUUACUGUGAUUCGGAUGAUUUUCAAGGGUUUUAUAUCAAACUCAAAUUCUAACCUUGCUCUAAAAUGGCAGCAAACAUUAAUGAAGGAUGCACAAACUGUUGUAACGGAGUAAAGAUGGCUGCCAGUAUGCCCGUCUGCAUGUCCAAACAGUAUCUAUGGCUCUGCUCCCAAAACCCUCCUCAGCCCACCAAACCUGGCUUUACCUCACCUCAUCCCCCUCCUGCCGCACGUCCUAUACUCAGCCUGUCUUUUCCUGUCAUUCCUGUGUGUUGGCUGCUCAUCCUUAAUAUCUGGUGCUUUUAUAGCCCAUCCAUUUGUGCUUUACUUUCCAUCGUGGAUCGUGUGUACACAGUUUAUUUUCACCAUUUUGAGUGGAUUUGAAUGUAGAUUAACAGGGUUGAAGAUUUGUAUGUCUGAUGACACACGGGUGUCAAAAUGUAAUGUUAUAACACACUGGCCGGGCUGGGUUCUGUACUGUAAGCUACUGAAGCAAUAUCAUUCCAGCUCUUCAUGAAUGUCACAGUGUCAUUUCUUUUAAUAAAGACAUCAUCUAUUUAACAGUA